AUGGCGCCGGCGCUGCAGCGGUGGUCGGUGGUGCACGACGCGCUGAACUACUCGACGGCCGUGUUCUGGCUGCUGGCGUACGGGGCCGUGCUGCAGAAAGUGCACCGGGAGCGCAGCGCGUGCGGGCUUUCUUUCCAAACGCUGUUUGCACUCGUGGUGGUGGAAGUGAGCAACGUGCUGCUGAUCCUGAGCCUGCUGGCCUUCCACGGCAAGCCCUUCCACCUGGACUUUUUCCUGGUGGACUGCACUUCGGCGCUGGUGUCCAUUUGGGCCUUCGUGCACCUUUUCCGGAACUUCCGGGCCUCUUACGAGAAGCAGCGGGACAGCUUUGGCCAGAAGUACCUGCGGCUGCUGCGGCUGCCCUCCUGCGGCGCCUCGGGGCACCUCUUUUUCCUUUAUUUGCUGUCUUUCGUGUUGUCUUUUUCCAUGUUUUUGCUGCGGCGUUCGCCGCACGCGCCGUCGCUGGGCGAAGUGGCCCGCAGCAGCAGCAGCAGCAGACUUGCUGUCGGUUUGCUGCUGUCGCUCUGGGAGUGCUUCAACGACAGCGUCUUGGCCCUGGCGCUGCUGCCGCAGCUCCAGAUGUUCUACAGCAAACGGCCCCGCAAAGUUUCCAAUCUGCUCGGCACUUUUGUGGCGAUGCUUUUCUGCGCCAGAGUCCUCGCGUUCCUCUACUGGCUCUCCUUCCCGCUCUUCCACCGCAGCCAGCCCACCGGCCGCGGCAUUCACCUCGCCACUGAGGCUCUUAACAUUUUAAUUUUGUUGGACUUUUUGUAUUAUUACGUGAAGGCCAAACUGGCCGGCCAGGAGGACAUUGCCUUGCCCAUUUGA